AUGGGAAAGCCAAGAAAGAGAAAGCAAGAAAAGCAAAUAAAAGUAGAUAAUCGAGAACUUCCAGAGGAUAUCAUGGCAGAUUCUGCAGCAAUCAUCUUUAAGGAGAAACGUCCUUUUUGGAGCCGAAAACGAUUCAACUUUAUUGUUGGUCUGUCUGUUGGUUUAUUAGCCAUGUAUGCUGCAUCUACCACGCCAGCAGCUCAAAACCACAUCAAUAGUUUGCAGGAUUAUCUACUUCUUCAGUUGGCCGAUAUCGAUCUUCCUAGCAUCUUACCAGCAACAGAAAUCGUUGAUGAAUUCUUGGGUAACUUUACCAACCUGAUCAUGCCUACACCUGCUACAGAGAUAUCAUUUAUGCCUGCCUUACAAUACAAAGAGAAGCUCAAUCUAAAGCCUCAUUUUCCGGUUGUCAUGAUUCCUGGCAUUGUCUCCUCAGGCCUUGAAAGUUGGGGAACAUCUGAACGUUCGAGAAAGUAUUUCCGUAAGCGCCUAUGGGGAACGAUGGCAAUGAUAAGGUCUGUAUUAUUAGAUAAAGAGAGCUGGACAGAGCAUAUCAUGCUGGAUCCUGAAACUGGACUUGAUCCACCAGGUUACAAGAUACGUGCAGUACACGGUGUUGAAGCAGCCGAUUACUUCAUAACCGGUUACUGGGUUUGGGCAAAGGUCAUUGAAAACCUGGCAACUGUUGGCUAUGAUACCAACAACAUGCACUUUGCUUCUUAUGAUUGGCGAUUAUCCUUUUCAAACCUUGAAGUGCGUGAUAGCUACUUUACAAAAUUGAAAAAUACAAUUGAAUUAUCCAAAAAGCAAACUGGCCUUAAAGCUGUAGUCAUUACACAUUCCAUGGGUGGCACAAUGUUUCCUUAUUUCUUAAAGUGGGUUGAGAGCAAAGAUCAUGGUCAAGGUGGUUCAACCUGGGUAAAUGAUCAUGUAGAGACCUUCGUAAAUAUUGCUGCUCCUCUUAUGGGUGUACCAAAAGCAGUGACAUCUUUACUUUCCGGUGAAACAAGAGAUACCAUGGCCUUGGGAAGCUUUGGUGCUUACGUCUUGGAAAAGUUCUUUUCGCGUAGAGAAAGAGCAAAACUGAUGAGAUCAUGGAUGGGCGGUGCAUCGAUGUUGCCUAAAGGUGGUGAAGCCAUUUGGGGUACUAAAGAUAGUGCACCAGAUGAUGAUGAAGAGGAGAUAUAUCAGUCUUUUGGCAAUAUGAUUUCAUUUGUUCCUCGACCUGAGGGCUUUAAUGAGAACUCAACUGAUAUACCUAGUAGUUCUAGAGAUCCCUUGAUCCGUAAUUACACCGUAGAUGAAUCUUUAGAACUCUUGAUCAAAAGCACUGAUGUCAAUUUUGGUAAGCAUUUAUAUGCAAAUUAUUCAUUUGGCAUUACCACAUCACAGAAACAGUUGAAACUGAAUGACCGUGAUCCAACCAAAUGGUCUAAUCCUCUUGAAUCACGGCUACCCAAUGCUCCAAACAUGAAGAUAUACUGCUUUUAUGGUAUUGAUGUCCCUACUGAACGAAGCUACUAUUAUGCAGUCAUGGAUGAUCAUGCAGACCAUGAUUGUACUUAUCCAGAUAAUACAACAGCAUGUACAGCCGAUCAAACUCCACCCAAAGCGACUGUCACUGAGACUGUUUCUGCUCCUCAUCCGGCUAGAACGCCAUUACUACACAUUGAUGCUACAGUGAGCAACCCUGUCCAACGUAUAGAAACGGGCAUUCGAUUUUCUGAUGGUGACGGCACAGUUCCGUUACUGUCACUUGGAUACAUGUGUGCACCUUCAGGGGGCUGGAGAAAGUAUGCAGACUUGUAUAAUCCAGGACAUAGUCCUGUCGUUCUUCGUGAAUAUAAACACGAAGUCAGCUCAAGUAAACUGGAUGUUCGUGGUGGAUACAAGGCUGCUGAUCAUAUUGAUAUUCUUGGAAAUUGGGAAAUGACGCUGGAUAUUUUGAUGAUCGUCUCUGGACAAGCUGAUAAUGUGACAGAAAGAAUAUAUUCCCUCAUAGAAGACCACGCUAAAAAGAUUAAACUGACUUGA